AUGACGCAUCGACUUCAGUCAGAGUCGGCAAAGAAAAGGAUGUCAACGGUCAAAAAUGUCAAGCCACAGCCAUCGUACGAAGACAUGCUCGAUAGUCCCAUAAUAGACCUCUACAUCGGACCCAAACGCAAAAAAUUCAGCAUCCACCGCGGACUCCUCUGCGCCAAAUCCCCCUUCUUCGCAGACAUCUUCCUAAACAAUGACGAACUCAGCGAAGAAAAAGAAGACCACUAUCUACCCAAAAUUAGCGCGGAACAUUUCUCCAUCAUAAUGAAAUGGCUAUACCGCGGUACUCUGGACGCCGGAUUCGAAAACGAAGGAAAUAAACCAAGUUGUGCAGCAAUAGAAGUCUACGCGUUGACGCAUCAAUUGGGAAUGACGGAGAUGAUGGAUAAAGUAUUGACUGGCUUAGGAAGAAGAUAUGUGGAGAAGAGAUUUACACCGAAUGUCUUUGCAAUUGAGUUGGCGUUUGAGUUAACGGAACCGGUGGGCCCAAAGGAUCGGGAUUGUGGACUGAGGAGAUGGAUGGCAAGGUGGUAUGCCAUUAUGCUACUUUUUCCAGAAGGAGUUUCGUCUACGGCUGGGAAUAGUAUCUCGGAGGAUAGCUUGGCUGAUUUAGGGUUGAGAUAUCCGUCUCUGUAUAAAAGUGUGGUUGGACUUUUGAGAGGGGCGGAAGGAUGGAAGGAUGUUAGGACCAAGUUUUAUGAUGAAAAAGUAUGUUCUUUUCAUGAGCAUGGAGCUGGGGAUAGAAGUUGUGAAGAUGUUGGAAAGUUUUGGGGCAUUUUCAAAAGUAAGGAGACUGAGGCUGGGUGGAUGUCAGUGAGUAGAGGAAAAGUUUAA